AUGACCGCGGGCUCGGGCGUGCUCCUCGUGCUGCUCUCGCUCUCCGGCGCGCUCCGGGCCCACAAUGGGGAUCUUACAGCCAGGGAGACCUGCAAGGCUGGAUUCUCUGAAGAAGAUUACACAGCAUUAAUCUCCCAGAAUAUUCUGGAAGGAGAGAAGGUCCUCAAAGUCAAGUUUAGCAGCUGCCUGGGGACCAAGGGGACGCACUAUGAGACCAACAGCAUGGACUUCAAGGUCGGGGCCGACGGGACGGUCUUUGCCACCCGGGAGCUGCGCAUCCCCUCCGAGCAGGUGGCCUUCACCGUGACUGCGUGGGACCACCAGACGGCUGAGCGCUGGGACGCCGCCGUGCGGCUGCUGGUGGCCCAGACCUCGUCCACGCACUCCGGACACAAGAAAGGAAAGAAGAACGCAGCCCUGGACCCCGUCCAGCCUCCGAAUGACACGCUGCUGCCAUGGCCGCAGCACCAGAGCUCCAACGGGCUGAGGCGGCAGAAACGGGACUGGGUCAUCCCACCCAUCAACGUGCCGGAGAACUCACGCGGGCCCUUCCCGCAGCAGCUGGUGAGGAUCCGGUCCGACAAGGACAACGACAUCCCCAUCCGAUACAGCAUCACAGGCGUGGGCGCCGACCAGCCCCCCAUGGAGGUCUUCAGCAUCGACUCCAUGUCUGGCCGGAUGUACGUCACGCGGCCCAUGGACCGGGAGGAGCGAGCCUCCUACCACCUCCGAGCACAUGCUGUGGACAUGAACGGCAACAAGGUGGAGAACCCCAUCGACCUGUACAUCUAUGUCAUUGACAUGAACGACAACCGCCCCGAGUUCCUCAACCAGGUGUACAACGGCUCCGUGGACGAAGGCUCCAAGCCAGGCACCUACGUGAUGACAGUCACGGCCAACGAUGCAGAUGACGCCACCACGGCCAACGGGAUGGUGCGCUACCGGAUCGUGACGCAGACCCCGCAGAGCCCCUCCCAGAACAUGUUCACCAUCAACAGUGAAACGGGCGACAUCGUGACUGUGGCCGCUGGCCUGGACCGAGAGAAAGUCCAGCAGUAUAUGGUCAUCAUUCAGGCCACAGACAUGGAAGGGAACCUGAACUACGGCCUCUCCAACACAGCCACCGCCAUCAUCACAGUGACGGACGUGAACGACAACCCACCGGAGUUCACCACCAGCACGUAUGCAGGGGAAGUCCCAGAAAACCGGGUGGAGAUGGUGGUGGCGAACCUCACGGUGAUGGACCGAGAUCAGCCACACUCCCCGAACUGGAACGCCGUCUACCGCAUCAUCAGUGGGGACCCCUCGGGCCACUUCAGCGUCCGCACGGACCCCACCACCAAUGAGGGCAUGGUCACUGUGGUUAAGGCAGUCGACUAUGAGCUGAACAGAGCAUUCAUGCUGACUGUGAUGGUGUCCAACCAGGCGCCCCUGGCCAGCGGGAUCCAGAUGUCCUUCCAGUCCACAGCGGGGGUGACCAUCUCCGUCAUGGACAUCAACGAGGCCCCCUACUUCCCCUCCAACCACAAGCUGAUCCGCCUGGAGGAGGGUGUGCCCACUGGCACCGUACUCACCACGUUCUCAGCAGUGGACCCCGACCGGUUCAUGCAGCAGGCUGUGAGAUACUCAAAGCUUUCAGACCCAGCAAACUGGCUACAUAUUAAUGCCACCAACGGCCAGAUCAGCACGGCCGCCGUGCUUGACCGCGAGUCUCUCUACAUCAAGAACAACGUCUAUGAGGCCACUUUCCUUGCGGCUGACAAUGGGAUACCCCCGGCCAGUGGUACUGGGACCCUCCAGAUCUAUCUUAUCGACAUCAACGACAACGCCCCUGAGCUGCUGCCCAAGGAGGCGCAGGUCUGUGAGAAGCCCAGCCUGAAUGCCAUCAACAUCACAGCGGCUGAUGCUGACGUGGACCCCAACAUCGGGCCCUACGUCUUUGAGCUGCCCUUCGUUCCCGCAAGCGUGCGCAACAACUGGACUGUCACCCGCCUCAAUGGUGACUACGCCCAGCUUAGCCUGCGCGUCCUGCACCUGGAGGCCGGGGUGUAUGACGUCCCCAUCACCGUCACGGACUCGGGGAACCCGCCGCUGUCCCACACAUCCAUCAUCAAAGUCAAGGUGUGCCCGUGCGAUGACAACGGUGACUGCACCACCGUGGGCGCAGUGGCGGCGGCCGGGCUGGGCACGGGUGCCAUUGUGGCCAUCCUUAUCUGCAUCGUCAUGCUGCUCACCAUGGUCCUGCUCUUCGUCGUGUGGAUGAAGCGGCGGGAGAAGGAGCGCCACACAAAACAGCUGCUCAUCGACCCCGAGGACGACGUGCGGGACAACAUCCUCAAGUACGACGAGGAAGGGGGCGGCGAGGAGGACCAGGACUACGACCUCAGCCAGCUACAACAGCCAGAGGCCAUGGAGCACGUGCUGAGCAAGGCCCCCGGAGUGCGGCGGGUGGACGAGAGGCCCGUGGGCGCCGAACCCCAGUACCCAGUCAGGCCCGUGGUGCCCCACCCAGGAGACAUCGGAGACUUCAUCAACGAGGGACUGCGCGCAGCCGACAAUGACCCCACGGCGCCCCCGUACGACUCGCUGCUGGUGUUUGACUAUGAGGGCAGCGGCUCCACGGCGGGCUCCGUCAGCUCCCUGGACUCCUCCAGCUCCGGAGACCAGGACUACGACUACCUGAACGACUGGGGGCCCAGAUUCAAGAAGCUGGCGGACAUGUACGGAGGCGGUGAGGAGGAUUAA